UCCAUCAAAAUUUUCCAAACAAAACUUGACUUGACAUCAUAACCACAAAAAAUAUACUAUGCACAAAAAUGUUCUUCUUCAAAGGUGCAACAGCUAUUACGCUGUUGUAUUUAGUGAGUGCCAAAGUGGAAGAUAAUAAGACCUUCAAUCCAUUAGGUCCACUUGUGAAAUGUUCUUACCUAACCUGGGAGUUUGUCAAGUGCGAGGAGCCCCUUGAUCUGAAGGGUAACAGCACUGCCAAAGCUGAUCUAGGCUAUGGAUGCGUUAAAUUCGGUGGUAUGCGUUACGAGAAAGUGGAACGAACGAAAGUCAGAUGCACAGUAUUGGAUAACAUAGAUUGCUUUGGUAAUCGAACCUUCUUCAAGGAGAAUGUUCCAUGUAUCAAAUACUCUGAACAGUAUUUCACAACUACGCUGCUGUACAGCAUUCUACUUGGCUUCCUUGGAAUGGAUAGGUUUUGUUUAGGUCAAACUGGGACAGCUGUUGGAAAAUUGUUGACCAUUGGUGGAGUUGGUAUAUGGUGGAUUGUUGAUAUCAUUCUACUUGUAACAAAUAAUCUGUUACCAGAGGAUGGUAGCAAUUGGAAUCCUUAUGUUUAAGUAAUUUAUAACCAAUCAGAUGUUUUAGUUUAAGAAUCAAAUACAUAUUAAUUUUUAUA